AGCUUCCCAUACAACAGCAGCAACAACCUAUUGUUACCCAGUCACCAUUGGACGACCAGAACCUUGGUGAUGAUGCAAGAAUGGAGGAAGAGGCUGAAGAGCGUAAUUUGGAGGUGGAAUUGGAUGCUGAGUUUGGUGUGCUUGAUUCUAAGUUGGAUGCUCAGCUUGAGGAGGAGUUAUCUCAUGUUGUGCCAAAGACAGGUUGUGGCAUGGAUAAGGGGUAUAAUGCUCCAGCAGACCCGAGUUGAAGAAAUUUGCUUUUAAUAAAUCAACGAGGCACAUUUAGUCAUGAAAGGUUCGGGAGGAUUGCAACAGUUAUAUGGAAGUCUUUAUAUUAUGAGUCAGUGCUCUUUUGGUCCAGUUAGCCUCUAAAAAAGAAGAGGAUUGCUUGGGAGAAUUUUCAAGUAUAAAGGUUAUAAAAUAAAAUAGAAAAUUAUAG